GAUUCGCGUCGCGUUCGCGUGCAGAUCGCUACGUCGCUCAUAAGAGACGCGCCGCCGCUUCCUCGCGGGACGGGGAGCCUCGAUCCUCGACGCGGUGCGCUCGUCGAGCACCACGCACUUCCUAGAGAAACUCGACCCAGUCCGAGGCGUCCGAGCUUCGGAACAUACUACCAGCAGUACCAGCUACCUGGCUACCAGCUGAGUACCAGUGAAAUUCCUGUCACGCGACGGCGCCGAAGGCACUGUCACGUUUGCGUACUACUACUCCACUGACAAUGAGAGAAUUCGUCAUAUCGUCACACGGCUAUAAACAGCCUAAACUGGCACGCUACCAAUUACGAAGGGGUGCGAUGGAGUUUGACGGAACGUCUUCGCGAGGAGGGGAGCCUUGGAGCGAGUCUAGUCGGACGUCGGACGAAGAGGUUUGCUAUAAGCGUCCUCGUCUUAGGGUGGGGCAAACCGCAUCGAAAGGGACGAAGAGGGUAUGCCGUUCGAAGGAGUGGGAGACCCGGAGAAACUGCGAGGCGGCUUUCCGUAUCGCGCACCGUCCACCGUUCAUUCUUGUGCGAGUCUGUUCGCCGAACCGCACGCGAUCCGCCGGACGAAACGCGGCUUACAUACUUCGGGAUCCUACUCGAGCAUUCGAAAUCGUAAAUUACUAAUUCUUCCUCGAGCAGUCUCGAUCGAUAUUACUCGGCACCCUCGCUGCUCGAUAGAGAAAGGGGUGAGAUCGCGUGUUUCUUUCCAGAGAUUUGGGCUCUUCUAGACGCCCCUCCGACAUUACCUCGCCGAUUCCUCCGUAUUCCUCCCUCUCUCCUCCGUAUUCGCGAACCAACUGCUCCCACCCUCCCGUUAACCGUUGCUCCCACCGCGGGGCGACUUCCACACGCAACGUAUACCGAUCGCGAUCUCGCGAAUCGCGGCACCCACCGGAGGGAAGCUGACGUGAAAAGAGGGACGAAAGAUCAGUGCGACAUCCGCGCUCGUCCGAGAAGCCGAGCCCUUGCCAUUAUAUCGUGCACCCACGAGGCCAGACGCACCGCGAUAUACAGAUAAGCGCACGCGACGCGACACAAAUUUCCCUCCUCAUCCAAUCGUCUGAAUUCACGUACACGUGCGUGCGUACUCACACGCGGGAAUACACCGACUUCCCCCAUUGCUAGCGGGCUCGAAUUUCGGAGCGGAUCCACGUUUCUUCAUCUCGACGCCGCGCCGCGCCGUUUCGGACGCCGCACGGAGAGGGAGAGACAGAGAGAGAGAGAGACAGAGAAAGAGAGGAGCAGAAGGAAUCGUAUACACAUAAAUAUAUACAGCUAAACACGCAUAUUUAUAUACGUGUCUGUUGCAUACUCGGAGCUAGACAGUAGACAGUCUUCUGAGACCAGAGCGACCGGAGCACGCCGAACUC